AGUUGACCGUUAGAUCAGUCUCAAUAAUAAUGAAUGCACACAGAAAGGUUCACACAUACUUUGUAUAUAUUUAUGACUCUAUCCACAAAAAAAAAUUCCAUGCACACAAACAAAUAUUUAUCAUUCUAUAUGAAUGUAAAAAAAAAAAAAAAAGAAGGUUCACAAACGUAUUUCUGAUUUACACACACAUAUUUAUUGUUUUGGAUCUUGUUGCAUUUAGAUAUAAACUGUUCAAUCUGCAUUUACAAACUGUUUGACUGUAGAGACUGGUUUUGAGCCACCUGAAGGACAUCACAGGCCCCCUGCCCCUCCUUAUUUGGUGCAGUAUGGAAGUGAGAAGUAUGUCACUAACAGAGCAGGUUUUUUUCUGUCUGCCUUUUCUACCCAACAGGACAACUUCAGAUUUGGAGAACUUCCAAAAGGACACCCUUAUGUAUGCAGAGAAGCAGUUUGGUCACAGCCCACCUGUACACAGAACACUGACCUUGCUUACAGCUUUUGAUUAUAACCACCAGAACCCCCGACUUCCUGCUUGAAACCGUGAUGGACACAAGAUGUAAGUAGUAGUACAGUUGUCUAACAUACAAAUGUAUUGUUGCUGUUACCUAAACAGUUUUGAAUAUAUGAAACCACUCUAAUACAAAAUAAUAUUAUUGUCCACCGUCACCCUGACAUCUCUCCAUUAGUGCAUGUCCAUAGGAUCCUGUUUCUGCAUGUGUGUGUAUAUUUCAGCCUGUGUGUGUGUGUUCAUGACUUACAGAGUGUAAAAACUGAAAUUUCCACUUGCGGGGAUCAAUAAAAGUAUAUCUUAAUCUUAAUAACACACAUUGUCUAUGUGACGCUGGGGGCUCCUGCUCACUGAUGGCGAGUUGAAGUUUAGUUUGAAUCCUGGAAUAAAAGAUGAAAAACAAAAAUCUCACACACUUAUUACAUAUACAUGGUCGCAGACUAGUUAUAAAAUUGCCCAAAUUGCAACUAUUAGAUGACAGAAUGAACAUCCUUGCAGAUUAUGUAUAACAGAUUUCGACAUAACAUGAGGCUACAUCAUUUCUGGUAUCAUCGUUGUCUCAAGUUUAGCAGCUUUACCGGGAGCAGAAAGUCAACAGUUAUGUCUCCGGUUUGCAAACAAAUAGAUAAAUAUAUCCAUCUUACGUUGUCUCUAAAAAGUUUAUAAGCUUACAAACCGAUAACUAGCAUGUGUACAUAUAGCUAUUUAGAUACAGCCUAUAGAUAUCAUGGUAACAGUUGAAUACAUAUACUCUUACUAAACAUCGGACUGCAGACAUCCAGGUUUUAUCAAAAUCUGGUUAUAUUAGUGUACCUUUUGAUUCGACAUGGUUCUUUAUUCAGCAUUCCCACACAUUUUCAAGCAUUUUAUGCUCAGUUUGUGUUCAAUCCAAUCCAAUCCAACUUUAUUUGUUAAGCACUUUAAAACAACCACAGCUGACCAAAGUGCUGUACAGAAGAAUAAAUAAAAUACGUAACAGCUCAUAUGAGAUAAAAGAAAACUAAAUGUCAAAUACAGAACCAAUUUAAAAGACAUAAAACAUAAGUAAAAUGAAUAGGCACGCAAAUAAGAAAUAAAAUAAAUAAAUAAAUAAGUCGACGUCUUACUGUGUGUCAAAUGAUUUCCAGUUGUGGAAGAGGAUAAGUCAUGUUUGAUUUAGUUUAAAGAAAGUGCUUAAGUUCUAAUGUCUCAAUGUCAUAUUAUUAAUAUUUGGUUUGUCUUUGUCAUGAACUGGUUUCUUUGUGUCUUGUAAUCCCAUUCGAGCUGGCCGGCUGGGACUCCUUUUGGUGCAUGACACAUAGAAAAAAUAAACUAAUUCUACCACAGCUACUACGACUUCUGCUAGUUCUAUGAUCAAAUGUAAAGAAGGUAUCUGCUUUUCUUAUUUCAAACAGUUUCUGCUUGUGUUGCAAUUUCUUCCUCCCUCACUAGAUACGUAAUCAUGCCUGACUCUUUUUUUUCCUCACUUCCUUAGAAGAGGUGUGUUAUAUCAUCAGUAACCAAGUGUGUACCAUCACUUAUCUAAAUCACUUUAGACAGUUUGGCUGCAGAGAAACAUCAGACAUUGGUGCUGGGACUUCAUUCAGGUUUCAAUCUGAAGAAUGACAGAUAACAUCACCCUCCUGAAUGACAGCUAUAAAGACAUCGACUUUGAGUCCUACUUAUUGCACUAUGAGUAUUACCAAAAAGUUUAUUUCAUAAUGCAUGUGGUAACAUGCAUCAUCAUCAGUAUCGGCCUUCCUCUAACACUCAUGACCAUCUAUGCUCUUUUCUCUCUGGUACGAAAGGAUCAUGUGGCUCCAAUCUACGUCAUCAACCUUCUUAUUUCUGACCUCAUUCAGCUCUGCUGCAUGAUCAUUCUGGAGACAGAACUGUAUCAGACUCAUGCCAUUGUAUAUAAUAUCUACUGUUGUGGUCUAGGGAUCAGUGUUGGCUUCAUGGUGUGUGUCUCACUGGAAAGGUAUUUGGUCAUCGCCCACCCACUGUGGUACCGCUUCAAACGGACCAUCAAGAUCUCUGUGGUGGUCAGUGUUGUGGUCUGGCUCAUACCUCCUGUCUUUUACCUAACUGUGGUUCCCUGGGUUACUUUGAAGAUUGCAGGAAUCACCUCAUUCAUUUUCCUAAUCAUUCCCUUCCCACUGUUCAUAUUCUCCCUUGUUGGGACCCUCAGAGCCCUGUCUGCUUCCGUCUCAGUCCCCUCUGAAGAAAAACAACGAAUUGUUGGAACUUUGGUCCUGGUGCUGCUCAUUUACACACUGCUGUUCGUUCCUUCCAUGAUCUGGGUCCUUGUAAGGUCAGACAAGUUUGACAUAACUCUGAUUAACCUAUCUAACAUCUUUGCUAAGCUGAGUCCUCUUGCAGAUUUAAUUCUGUAUGUUUUCUUUAGCAAAAAGUCAAUUGAUAAGCUUUUUACCGCUGUGAACUGUUGCAGAGUUGCCAACACUGACGCCAACAUAUCAACAGUAUGAAUGUGCACAACAUUUUGACAGUAAGCUCCAUGGAGGAAGAGAGAAUGAGGAGAAAACAGAACAAAAUGUACUCUCACUUUAGAACAAAUGUAUUUCUUACAAAACUUUAUUUGUUUUGCUAUGUUGUAAAUUUGACAAAAUGAAAUAUUA